UCUAUUCUUGUUCUGUUUUUCUGCAGAUGCCCCAAGUGUACCUCCUGCAAUACCCCCACCAGGGGGAGCCCCAAUAAGGGCACCACCAAAGCUAUCAACCUCCCCACCUGACUCCAUCCUGUUCACCCCUGCAGAUGGUACAGUCCAGAGUAGUACCACUGCAGGGCCUGUCCUCAUGCCCCCUGUGACUGACACAGCCCUCCCCCCACCCCCCUCCCUCGCACCGACCUUACCUGUUAUGGUCAACGGGCCGCUCUUACUCAACCCCGAUAGCCCUCAAGUCUUAGCUACAUCUUCUGACACCACAAAGAAGACUCCCAAGAAAGCUGAGGAAUUGGUAAAGGAACGUGCAAAUAAUGAUGAUGAGAAUCUUUGUACAAGGAGUCUGGAAAGCCUAAGGAACACUUUGCAUGCAGUCAGUGCUCUUGGAGUGGAACCUCGAGUGUGUGAUGAGGUUGGUAGGAAGCUUACAAUGCUGGAGAACAUGUGGACAACUGGGAAGCUGUCUAGGCCAGUCCAGGUGUACACUGAUGUCCUGGCUUCAGCCCUAAAUGACCGUGACUGUGACUUGGCCCAUGACAUGCACCUGAAGCUCAUGUUGGACCACGUGUCUGAGGUCAGGCAGUGGAUGGUGGGGGUGAAAAGGCUGAUCCAAGAAGCGAGAAACCUCCCUCAGAAUCCAGCAGGUACUCCUGCAGCUCAGCAAACAGAACAAUGCCCAGACUCAAACAAGGAAGAAGUGGAAGAUGGUGCAAAAGUUGAUGACACAAAACUGGAGGAACUGACAAUCAGUGACCAGACAAAGAAAGAAACAGAGAACACAGACAAUGAGACAAAAAAUGUAGGAAGCUCUGAGGAAAACAAUGAUAAAACAGAGGAAGUUGUAGAUUAACAGCCUACAGCAGGAAGUACAAAAGUCUUCCCACUGUUGAGUGAUAAAAGGGUUCCUGUGCAGAAAAAUGUCUAUAGCUUAGGCCACACCAGAUUAAUUCCUUCAUUCUCAGAUAAGUAAUGCUGAACUGAAAGAUCUUGAAAAAAAGCCUGGAGCAAAAGCCUGUACCUUGGUACAGGUAGUUUCAGUGAGUGGAUGUAUUUAGAUGUAAAUGGUUUCCUUGCUGGAUUUUAACUUUUGAACAUCUGAGAACCAAGGAAAUAAGUUGAAGUGUCCUUACCAAC